CUGCCUCGUGUUUCGAGCUCGCGGGCUCUGCCUCCCUCGAAGGUCUCUCCCCCGGUCGUCCUUAUUUAUAGUUCAGAACGGCACUGGCCACAGGACAAUGUCCACAGGUCUCUGGGCUUUCUACAAUAGAGACAGUCCACAAGACUGAGACAACGAUGGCCAACAACGACCUGAACCGCCCGCUAAACACUAAUGCGGCUGAGACUUCCGACUCCAGCUUAAUGCCUGGCACCGCUCCGCCACCGUCUUCCAUGGACCCCCAAGAAGUGCUCGGCCACCAGGCUCCUAGCACCUUCAGCCUCACUGAGGACGGCUCGUCCAGUUUUGUGAGAGAAGCGAACAGCGGCAGUGAUGGUCAGUUGGGGGAAACUGGUGCGGUGUCCUGUGAAGCUCCCCAGGAGCCCUCAGGGGCUAGCGCCGAGCUGCGGGUCCACCCAGGGAAUGGCGAACAUAGCCUGCAACAGAAGCCUAAGCAACAGAAGAUGAGCAGCUCCAGCUCCCAGGCCACUUCCGAGCGCUACAAGACUGAGCUGUGUCGGCCGUUUGAGGAAAACGGCACUUGCAGGUACGGCAACAAGUGCCAGUUCGCACAUGGCUACCACGAACUGCGCACCCUGUCAAGGCACCCCAAGUACAAGACGGAGCCUUGCCGCACCUUCCACAGCAUUGGCUACUGCCCCUAUGGCAGUCGCUGCCACUUUAUUCACAACCAGCCGGAACAGCUACCUAUGCUUCCCGGGAGCGUCUCUGAGGAGCCGAGCUCCUUCAAUGGCUUGGAUGAGCACCAUUUGGGCGUUAACAACGGGGAGCGGCAGCCCAGACUGCAGAGUGACAGCCCUUCGGGCUUCCUGUCAGGCAACAGCCAGGCCCUCCAGGCACCUCUGCAGCUCAACCAGCAGGCGAUGAACUCAGGCAGGUUUCUGCCUGCUUCAUACCCUGGAGCUGCCAACCUUCCGAUGAUUGCCUCUCCAACUAUGGUCUCCGAGCCUGGCAACGACCCGCGCUCCGAUUUCACCAACCAUGACAUCGCCUUCCGCCAAGAGCUGGGUGGUUUCUCGCCUGUGGCAUUCCAGAACCCUACCACGACUCCCACUGACUGCUAUAACAACCAGCAGCAGAUGGGCCUGCCGGCUUCCGCACAGUUCCAGAUGCCCCUUGCCGGGCCUUCGCCUUCAACCACCAUCUUUGGCCAGACAGGUGUUGGCCGCACAGCUGCCGCCAUCGCUCCUGGGCCUGCCACCGCUCCUGGGGCUGCUGCCCUCGUUCCUGGGGCUGCCAUGGCUCCUGGAACUGCCCUCGCUCCUGGGGCUGCCGUGGCUACUGGAACUGCCCUCGCUCUUGGGGCCGCCAUGGCUACUGGAGCUGCCAUGGCCACAGGGGCUGCCCUCACUCCUGGGGCUGCCAUGGCUACUGGAGCUGCCCUUGCUCUUGGAGCUGCCAUGGCUACUGGGGCCGCCAUAACUCCCGGGGCUGCCAUGGCUCUUGGGGCUGCCAUGGCCACUGGGGCUGCCCUCGCUCCUAGGGCUGCCUUUGCCCCUAGGGCUGCUGCCCUCGCUCCUGGGGCUGCCAUCCCUCCCAGGGUUGCUUUUGCCCCUGGGGCUGCCCUCGCUCCUGGGGCUGCCAUCACUCCCAGGGUUGCCAUAGCUCCUGGUGCUGCCUUCACCCAUGGGGCUGCUGCCCUCGCUCCUGGGGCUGCCAUCACUCCCAGGGUUGCCAUCGCUCCUGGGGCUGCUACCCUCGCCCCCAGGGCUGCCCUGGCUCCCGGGGCUGCCUUUGCUCCUGGGGCUGCCAUGGCUCCCGGGGCUGCCCUGGCUCCCGGAGCUGCCUUCGCUCCUGGGGUUGCCAUGGCUCCUAGGGCUGCCCUGGCUCCCGGGGCUGCCAUCACUCCCAGGGUUGCCAUCGCUCCUGGAGUUGCCAUCACUCCCGGAGUCGCCAUCACUCCCGGAGUUGCCAUCGCUCCCAGGUUUGCUGCAGCCUCUGCUGGCAUAUUGGCUCCAGGUGCCUCCACUACAGUUACCGGUGCUGGAACUGCCGCUGUGGACAACACAUCCUUGACCACGUUCCCUGCUGCAGAGGGUGCCGCACCACACUUCACCUUCCAACUGCCAGGUGUCGAGGCCGAGUCCGAGUCUGAGUCCGAGUCGCUAGAGUUCGACAUGGUCACCAGCGCCCUGGAUUCCCUGCUUGUCACUGAUGACGAGGAUGAAGACGACUUUCAGAGGGAUUCCUCGAGCUGCAGCAGCCCCAAUGGCUCCGAAGUAGAGGACAGCAGCUCCAGCCGCCGUCUGCCCAUCUUCAGCCGCAUCUCAGACUCUGACAAAUGAAACAAAAAGAUGCCAGUGGUGAGGAAGAGGUGGUGGUGGGGGAAAUCUCUUGCAGUUUCUCGCCUGUGGAAAGCACUGUGGGUAGGGGGUGAUAAAACCACUGGGCAGUUUGAGGGCCUCGCUGAAAGCUUGGACUCAGAACUAUUAAGGUUGGUGGAGGGAUCCCAUUCCCGGUUUGUUUGUUUUUUUGUCUUGGUUAUUAUUUUCAUUAUUAUUAUGAAGUUUAAUUCUUUUUUUUUUUUCGGAGCUGGGGACCGAACCCAGGGCCUUGCGCUUCCUAGGUAAGCGCUCUACCACUGAGCUAAAUCCCCAGCCCCUGAAGUUUAAUUCUUGUUGAAAGGAAAAGACAAGGAACUCCUUGUGUUAAACAAUGUGUGAUUGUGAAGAAGAUAAAAACAACAACAAAAAGCCCACACGUUUUUGUGAGACACAAUUUAAAAUAAUCAGCCUAGAAGCAUUUUUUUUUCCUUGACUUAGUUACAUCCCUGAUGUGGGAACUCUUACCUUGAAGUGAAUGGCUUAGAAUUGUCUUAGACCAGUAUCAGCAAAGCAAGUGCCCCCUCCCUUGCUAUACUUUUAGAAUUCAAAAUUUCAUUAAGCGUAUGCCUUAAUAAUAGCCCUUAGAUCCUCCAUAGUCUGUGGUUAUUUCUGUCUGUUUUUUAAAAGAAAGUUAGAAGUGUCAUAGGGGCCAAGAGAAGCUUGCCUUCCAAAGUUUGAUACUGGUUACAUUGCCACCACUUUGUGGAUGAUUAGCUUAGGGCCAUUUCAUGGGCUCUCUGGAAGAGAAGGUUAGUGUAAGUUGUUCUGUUCAUGCUAGGACCAUCUAGCUGAUUAAAAGCAAUAGAUAUGUUCUUAUAUUAUGAUUAUUAUUAUUAAGUAAUAGGAUGCAAAGACUAUGUUCUUUCUAUGGUUAUAUAAUAUGUGUAUAUAUAUAUAUCUUCUGUAACAUCACUUGGUAUUUACUGUAAAAGAACAAAAUCUAUUAAAUGUCUUCUUUCGCAAUUUC